CCUUGGCCUUGCAGCAUUCGCGCUUUGCUCAGCGUGAUUGAUGUGAUUGAACCGCAUCGGUGUAGUGUGCACAGUACAACUGGGCGUGAAAUCUACACUAGAAAAAAAUAUCCUCGGUUUUGUUCCCGACGCCCUGUUAGUAUCUAUCGGUUGCACAAGAACUCUUCUGACUUCAUUCGGUGGCUUCACCGCAGCUUCCCCAAAAAUGCUCUGCGCGCCGCAAGAGGAAAAGCGUGCCGCGAGCGGCGCCAUCGCAACACCAUCACUUUAGUGUUGCUGUGGUCUUCGCAAGCGGUCGCGCGUCGUCGAACUACUACAUAGUGUCUGAGUUUUGGUCGUGCCAGCUUGUUGGACGAGUAAGCAGAAGUCUGUGACCAUUAACUACAGGGCUUUUAAAUUUUUUUGAGAUGGAUCCCGAGGCGAGGGCGGGUUACUUGGUGAAAGAAAGACAUCUUCUAUUUCCUAUGACAAAUUUCAAAAGUAUCCGCUGAGAGGGGUCCCUCUAAACAAGGAAGAACAUUUUUUAUCUGUCGUUGACCAAAUUAGUAGAAAAAUAUAAAUAAACAGCAGGCCCUCAAUAGAGAAAAAAUUCAAAACUAUCAAAAAAGAGAUCAUGAACGUGACGAGUGCUCUCCUUGGGCCGCUGGAGCAGUUUGGGACGCACGGAUUGCUCAGCAUCCAGCAGUUUUUACGCAAGAAAAAAAAGCGAUCCCAGGCGGAUGCGGAAGGGGAUCACGACAACACAUAGAAAAAUUCGCAAGAACGAUGACAUUUUUGCCGCAGCCGCGUGAAUUUUUGUAAAUGUGACUUUGCUUUCGCAGGGCGGAGAUUGGACGGAAAGCACACAUAGGCAUGAGACGCUUGUUACUCCUGGUCAGGAGGACCAUAAUUCUUGAUUGCAAUAGAAAUUAUUUACAGGCACGACUGUAGGGAAGUGCAAGUGUCUUCGUUCAAGUUGUGGUUUCAUUCCCAUCUGCUCUUGGAACUUCUCGUCCCGCAUACCGCAUUGCCUCCUGCUCCGUGGCGGUGCUGGACAACUCGGGGUCAGCGCUGCUCCUAGUCGGCAGCGCACUUCCGACCAUAGCGGAAACCCUCUUGCCCUACACGUAUGUGGCGCUGCUGAUUUGCGGUUUUUUGUCGCAAUACAACUUCCCGCUGAAGUGAGGAUUAGGAAGUGGAAACAUACAUAAACACUUACUGAAUGUAUGAGAUACAGCGAGACAUUUUACAAUGAAGCUGCACUCCACCUGAAUUUAGUCGUGUUUUUUUUUCUUGCUCCUCGAUGAAGAGGACCGCCUUAACAGUCGAAUUAGCUGCAGCUACAUUGGUGCCUCGUCUCAGCGGCCAGGCUCCCUUGUAUAUUGAUUGUUUCGUUCGCAGGACUACGGUUGGAGAAUUUUUACGCAACGACCGCAAAAAGCACUUUUCCGCGAAGAGCACUAUCGAGCGGCAAACCUAUUCAUUGUUAGGCCC